AUGCAAACUACGCUAUCGCAAUACCCGAUUUUCAGGCGACACCAGGCCUUAAGAGCAAGGAGAUCUACCAGAGACCCUUCAGAAGACAUGCAAGUGGUCAUUGCGCGUCCGUUGUCUCAUUCAGAAGUCCUAGCUUUGCAAAAUCAGAUGGAACGAAUUAAUGUAGAUAACCAUAACGGCUGCCUUCCAGUAGUGGUUCCAGGAUCUGUGCAGAAUGAAAUCAACAGCAAAAACAGAGCUCGCAGAAAGCAUCGUGGAAGAUCUAGGCACCGUUUCUAUGAGCCAUCUAUCGCACGCUUCCCACCACCUAGCGUCGCUAAAUCAAAGUUGAAAAUGGCUCAAGAAAUGCCUUUCUGGAGACUAGACUAUAACAAGUUCCGUAGAACAGUUAGCUCAUUCGAAACUCGGGAAGAAAAAGAUGCAAGGUGGCGUUUAGAAGCCCUUAACGUUAUGCCGUUUUCAAGCUUCCCUUGGAAGACUGUUAGCAAGAUAUUAAAUGGACCCGAUCCACUAAGGAGGACUCAUAAACUACCCAAAGAAGAGCAAACUGAAAUCAAGCCACGACCACAUUCUAUCCAUGAAACGACACGAAACUCUGAAGAUACUGCAGAUGAUUCCCGGGAAACAGUGAUAAUAAGGAAGAAACCAAGUCCAUCACCUAUAAGAAAACUUGAUUCAAAACCACCACUUCCACUUCAAGACCUACCUGAUGCUAAGGACCAGAAGCCCUGCCCUGCAUUAUCAAUCAGAACACGUGUUAGUGGUAAUCAGUGCCACAGCUGUGAUCGCAGAGCCUACAGAGCAGAAAGUGUAGAAGCUUUAGGACAAGUGUUCCAUAACUCCUGCUUCAGAUGCGCCAAUUGCUCUCGAGUUCUACAACGCAGCGACUGGUAUCAUAGAGACAACAAAUUCUACUGCAAUCCUUGCAAUCGCAAGCUUUCUCUGCAAACCUUCCGACGUUGA